GCGUUCAGUACAUUCGUGUAUCUGACAUUGGACACUAGUGAUGGCUUGCAUAGAGUUUACCGUCAACGGGCGGAAAUGUUCAGUGGACGGGUCAACGCCGCGCGACACGUCUUUGAACGCGUACCUGCGCUACACCCUAGCGCUGCCGGGCACCAAGGCUAUGUGCCAUGAAGGUGGUUGCGGCGCCUGCAUUGUGUCCGUGCGCGCGCGUCGAGCCUCCGGCGCUACAGAGACCUUCUCCGUCAAUUCCUGCUUGGUGCUGGUGUUUUCCUGCCAUGGCUGGGACAUCACCACGAUCGAAGGCGUGGGCAACCGGCUGACCGGUUACAGUGAUGUGCAGAAACGCAUCGCCGCUUUCAAGGGCAGCCAGUGCGGCUACUGUACACCGGGAUGGGUCAUGCAUAUGACUAGCUUGCAGGAUAAGCACCUGACGAUGACAGAACUAGAGCGGUCGUUCGGCUCCAACACCUGUCGCUGCACCGGCUUCCGGCCCAUUCUUGAUGCUAUGAAGUCCUUCGCCGUCGACGCCAGCGCGGAUCUCUGCCAGAAGGUGAGCGACAUUGAAGACAUCAAGAUUUGCAGCAAGACGAACUCCAUCUGUGAGCGCCGAUGUUCCGACUACAGCGAAGACAGUGACUGGAGCGUGAUAAGCGACCACCAGCAGUUGGAAAAGAAAAAAGACGAUAAAAUGAUCUCUAUCAAUUUUGGAAAGCAGAAGUUUUUCAAAAUUUAUGACGUGGACGACGUUUUUGAUUUGCUGGACAAGUAUGGCGUGGACUCGUAUAUGUUCGUGGAUGGUAACACUGGAAAAGGAACGGUAGAGACAUUCGAAUAUCCUCGAAUCUUGAUAGAUAUUAGUGGAGUAAAGAGUCUGAAAAAGUAUGAAUUUGAUCAAAAUUUGAUACUUGGCGCUAACAUGGCACUGGAAGAUUGCAUAACAUUAUUCAAGGAAACCGCUAAGUCCCAAAGUGAAUUUUCGUAUUUGGCUGAAUUUGUGAAACAUUUUGAGCUCAUUGCACACAUUCCGGUUCGAAAGAUUGGUUCCUUGGCUGGUAAUUUGAUGUUAAAGCAUGUAAACCCAUCCUACCAAUCUGACGUGUUCUUGCUUUUGGAGACGGUUGGAGCUGUGGUGGUCAUCCAACAAAGUAACGGGAAGAAGAAAACUCUUUCUUUGUUAGAUUUCUUGAAGUAUGACACGAGAGGAAUGCUCAUGGUAGCCAUCGAGCUACCUCCACUGAGUAGCAAACAUGUGUUUAGAAGCUAUAAGAUAAUGCCUCGAAACCAAAACGCCUUAGCCAUCGUCAAUGCAGCCUUCCUGUUCAAAAUAAACCCCAAAACGAAGAUUAUCGAAGACGCCGACAUCUGCUACGGAAACAUCUCUCCCACGUUCGUACACGCCAAAGGCACUGAGGCGUUCUUAAAGGGGAAAAUGGUGUUCAACAAUGUGACAUUGCAGGACGCUAUCAAAAUUUUGAACAAAGAAAUCGUGCCUAAAUAUGAUCCGGCACAGCCUUCCAGUGACUUUAGAAAGAAACUGGCUCUUGGUUUGUUUUACAAGGUGAUACUGAAUAUCUGCCCGCCCAACGCGCUCAACCCACGCUACCGCUCGGGCGCCGCCCUCGUCCAACGGCCUCUGUCUCACGGCAGCCAGGAGUUCCAGACUGACUCCUCGCUAUACCCGCUGAAUCAGCCCGUGCCUAAACUCGAGGCCGCCAUCCAGGCGGCGGGCGAGGCCAAAUACGCCAACGACAUACCUCCGAUGCCGAGGGAGGUGUUCGGGGCAUUUGUGCAAUCUACUGUACAUUCGGGAGAACUCGCUGGGAUUGAUAGUAGAGAUGUGUUGGAUAUAGAAGGGGUUAUAGCAGUCUACACCGCCAAAGACAUCCCCGGCGUAAAUUCAUUCAGCGUGCCAGGAUUCCAACUGCAAACCGAAGAAGAAGAAAUAAUUGUCAGCAAAAAUAUUCUGUAUUAUGGUCAACCCGUGGCCAUCGCCAUUGCCACUACAGAAGCCUUAGCUGUUAAGGUCGCGAAGAAAGUAAAAGUGACUUACAAAAAUGUUCCUUCGUCAGCUCCCGUGCUCACUAUAGAUCAAGCGAAGAAAGACAGUAAGAGAUAUGUUGCGAGUGACACAGCUAUUAAGCCAAAAGGGAAGGGGAAUGAUGUAAAGAAGGUCAUAAAGGGCGUGUAUGAGAUUGAGGGGCAGUACCACUACUACAUGGAGCCGGUGACGUGCGUGGUGGUCCCCGUGGACCAGGGGCUGGAUGUGUAUGACUCGACGCAGUGGAUGGAUCUCACGCAGAGGGCUAUUUCGCGAUGUUUGAAUAUGAAUGAGAGCGAUGUCCACCUGAAAGUCCGCCGUAUCGGCGGUGGCUUCGGCGGCAAGAUCAGCCGCAACGUACGCACGUCAACGGCUUGUGCUCUGGCCGCCAAGCUCCUCAACACGCCGUGCCGGUUCGUGGUGCCGCUGCAGACCAAUCUGGCCACAGCCGGCGGCCGGCUGCCUUGCCAGUGCGAAUAUGAGGUGGGCGUGGAUGAUAACGGCAAGAUCCAGUACUUGAACGCAACAAUCGUCGAGGACAACGGCUGUUCCAACAACGAGAACGUCCUGGCUUACGUUAGUUCGGGUUUUACUAACUGCUAUGUCGCCGACUACUUUGACGUUAAAAUGGCCACUGUUACAACGGAUACUCCGUCUAAUACUUUUGCGAGGGCACCAGGGACUUCCGAGGGCAUGGCCUGCGUCGAGCACAUAAUGGAGCACAUCGCCUUUGCCGUCCAGAAGGAUCCGACCGACGUACGCAUCGCCAACAUGCGUACCGACGAUAACGACCUCCCCACGCUCAUCGAGACGUGGAAGAAAGAAACUGACUACGAGAAACGCCUUCAGAGCAUCCACGAGUUCAACAAAGCUAAUCGCUGGAUGAAAAAAGCCAUCAAAGUGAACGUAAUGAGCUUCCCAGUAGAAUAUUACGGGAAUUAUUCUGCCAUGGUAUCCAUCUAUCGAGGGGACGGCACGGUAACUGUGACGACGGGAGGUGUCGAGAUGGGCCAAGGCGUCAACACCAAAGUUGCCCAGAUUGUCGCUUACAAACUAGGAAUACCACUGGAAAUGGUUACCGUCCUCCCGAAUUAUUCCUUCACGGCUGCGAAUAACGUAUUUUCUGGUUCUAGCAUUGUCAGCGAGUGCGUUUGUUAUUCCGCUAUCAAAUCAUGCGAUAGUCUGAACGAGAGAUUGCUGCCACUUCGGCACAAAAUGUCAAAUCCGUCUUGGAGUGCGUUGAUCAGGCAAGCUGGGGAUGAUCAGAUCGAUUUGACUGCGAACUACAUGAUGACUGACAAGGAAAGCGACUUGACUUCAUACAGCGCGUUUGCUGUGGCCAUUUUGGAAGUUCAGCUAGACGUCCUGACCGCGAGAUAUGAGAUCUUGCGCUGCGAUAUACUGGAGGAUGUUGGUUUGAGCGUCAAUCCUACUAUUGAUAUUUCACAGGUGGAAGGCGCCUACGUACAAGGUCUGGGGUACUUCACCACGGAGAAGCUAGUGCGUGAUCCACAGACCGGGCGUCUGCUCAGCAACCGCUCGCUCACCUACCACGUACCCCUGGCCCUGGAUAUACCCGCAGACUUUAGGGUUAAGCUGAGAUUCAAUUCCAAGAACACAACCGGUGUUUUGGGUUCUAAAGCGGUGGGGGAAAUGGGUAUCUGCACGGCGCACGGCAUCACGCACGCACUGCGGCGGUGCAUUCACGAGUCCAGAGCAGACUCGCGUUACGAUACCAUGAACUGGAUCAACAUUGAUGUUCCAUACGACGCGGAAUCGAUUAUGACAGCUCUAGACGUCCAACUAGAAGAAUUUCUUAUUACAUAAGUACUAGUGAUGUACCGACUAUUGAUUUGGCCGACUAGCCGACUAAUCGGCGCUCGAAUGGCCGAUUAGUCGGCUAGUCGGCCAGAUCCUUAGUUUCGUAUAAGUUCAGGUGAAAAGAAUAGUUUUGCUCCCUUGGUUGCGCUAUUUAUCAUAAUUUAGCUUGGCAAAAAAGUGUUCUCUACAGGUUCAAAGACCUAUCAAAAGAAUCCUCGUUCAAUUUCUGUCUUUAGUUUUUUCUGAGCAGACCGUCAAUACAGCUUGUAGGAGGUAUUUCCAAGGCUCUAUUUCCCGUACGUAGUCGCCAGUUAAGAACCUAUCCCCUGUGGUCAGCGUCUUUACGAGCAACGUGCCCUGACUAAGUCUCUAAAUUUUGCAAUAACAUUAAAGGAUGACUCACGUUAGGCCGGGCCGUGUCCGGCCCGGAGCUUCCGGCGCAUCGUUUUCUGUGGUCUAUGACAUGACAGGCGAUCACGUGAUGCUCGUGAUCACCUAUCAUGUCAUAGAAAAGUAAUGGCUCCACCAUUAAAAAAAAAACAAAACUGAAUAGUAAUAAAAAAAAUUAACUCUAGAACUUGCACAUGGAAUUACACGAGAAUCCAUUGAGAUUGACCUGUAGAGGAAAACACCAGCCCAGCACCAACAUAUGAUAACGAUCAAACGGUCAAUUAUAUGAACAAAAGUUUUCGUAUGCACCCUGAAUAUUGGUAUUUUAGUAAAAUAAACUUAAAACAUAUGGUAAAUAUUGACUGUUGAUUUCGUUUUUUUCUGUUUUUCUUUCACUGAUAAAGUGCCGACUAAUCGGCCAUUUUUGCCGACUAGUCGCCGACUAAUCGCCGACUACAAAUGUGGCCGGAUAGUCGGCUUUCCCGACUAGUCGGCGACUAGUCGGUACAUCCCUAAUAAGUACCUAAAUAGAAUAUUCGAAACUAUAUACAGUUUAAAUAUUAUUAUGAGUAUGGUGCCUAUUUAUAACUGAACUGUCAGAAAAUGUAUUCAAUAUUAAAUCUACACCUACCUUUGUUGUAACUAAUAUUAAUUACAUCCCCGUUAUUAGUUGUGAUUUAAUAUGUAUUUAAAUAGUGUCUAAUAAUUCUAGUACAAUUAUAUUAGCUAUAGUAUGUAUGUACUUAGUAAAAUAGAUAUAAAUAAUAAAUGAAAAUACGUUUUUA